AUGUGCGAUGAAGUGGGCGGGGCGGGACCGUCCACCGAGACGGACGCCAACCUCUCCAUCAAGACAAUUAUGGAGCAGCAGCGCGUCAUCGGCACCCUUCGCGAGAUGGUCGCGGCUAUGAAGACGCGGCUGUCGACGCUUGAGUCCGCCGCUGCCGUGGGGGCGGCGCAGUCCUCCGCCCCCGAGAAUGGGGGUCACACUCGUGAUGUUUCCUUCCACGAAAAGGAGGUUGAACGCCUUCGCCGCUCCGUGGAGCUGCUAACCAGCGAACGCGACGCGGCAACGGCGAAGUGCGCGGUGUUGGAGGCUGCCGUGGAGCAGGGGGAUGCGCGGGUAGCAGAGGCUCUUGCGUGCUGCAGACGACUGCAGACGAUGGAGAGGGACUGGCGCACAACGCGCGUUCUCUUGAAUCUUGCCGAGGCGCGUUACAAGGAGGCGGAGCUGCACUGCAGGCAGUUGAAGGAUGGAAUGGAGGCCCUCUCGUUUGAGCGCGCGCGAUGGCGGGCUCUUGCGAUGUCCAUCGCACACCGACUUGACGCCGAGUCGCGGGAGCGGGCGCUGAUGCACAUCAACUCUUUGGAGCGUGAGGAGCGCAUGCGCACAUCAGAGCACCCAACGGUGUCGCCAAGCAGCAAAGUCGCUAAAACAGCAGCGCUUGCCGGCCGCGAGGGUGCAGCGUGUCUGCCACAAAUUGACCCCACAGACCUGAUGAACGCGUGGGGCACGCGAGAAACGGCCUUGUUGCCGUCACUCGCGUGGAGUGGUGUGGGAGAAAGGAACGCCACGCAGCCCUCACCGGCAACGCAAUCUAGAGUUACAGGCCUGCGGCGCAAAGGAGGCCGUUAUUUGGUUCCGUUGUAG